CUUGACGAGAACCACCACCGCAAUCAGAUAGAAGCAAUUCUUAAUCGCGACGCACGGACCAGUACAAGACGAUCACGCCUCGCUAGUCUACUCAACUGCCAUCGACGACCGCAUUCCGACUAAUUUGACUUCACUCAUAAAGAUAAACACAACCACAUUUUCGUGGUUAUUGUACUUCGAUUAUUACCGCCUUUUACGAUUCCCAUUCCCGCACGUUGUCUGGUCGAAGUCGUAUUUAUUUAUGGUGCUGUGAUCCCCAGAGUCGGAAUCCAUCGUCGUGGGGUGACCGACCUGUCUAUCUGUCACCUGCCAAUCUGGAGUCCUGGACGACUACGAGCCACGUGAUCUAAGCAUGGCACCCACACAUCACCCUACUUCAGAUGCAAUGGACGUCGACACACAAACCCUCGGCCAGAAGCAGGAGCCCUGCAUCAUUUGCAGCAAGCCAGAUCGCAUUGCCAACCUCGAGAAAUUCGUGCAAAACAAUGUGUACUAUCACGACGCCUGCCUCCACCCCACAGAGCCCGAGGCAUCUGAAUCCAAAGAGCAGUGCGUCAUAUGCCGAGAUAAUGACUCCGUCGCAAACCUCGUCAGCUUGCAAUGCGACCAUUUCUACCAUCUCCGCUGCCUGGUUCCCUGGUGGGAGCAUCGGAUGGUUGCCAUAGGCUCACCUGCCGAGACCCAAACACAGCUGCAACCACCUCCCGCCCUGGUUCACCCACCCAUCUUUCACCAUGCUGGCCAGUUCCCAUCUCAGGAGCAGGCCACGCAUUUUCUACCGCCGCAUGUUCCGAUACCAGUAUUCUUCGGCCCUGAGGAUAUCGAGGACGCCGCAGCUUUCGGACUCCUUCUACAGCAACAGCCUGCUCACUUGCCCGUCCCACCAGCUCUACCUCUGCCCCCGCCUCCGGUGCCCCAUUUAACCUUCGAUGCCAUGGAAAACCCGAAUCAGAAUCCGUUUCUUGCAUCUUUCUUACAGCGGCGAUACCGUACCAGGAACAUAGAGCCGAAUUGCUGUUACUGCACCCAGGUCACCACGAGCUUCACCUGUGCUGCGGCGUGUGGUCACAAGACCACGGUGGAACUGAGCAAGACAAGUAUGAUGGAAUUGACCGAAAUGGCGGCCCAAACGGAGUCUGAGCCCAAAGGCGAUGCGACUGUACUAUGCUACACAUGUCGCAUUGGUCGGUUUCUGAAACGCUGGAUUGACGCAUCUCCCAUUCUGCUGCGCGACAUGCUCAGCCCGGAGGAUCAAGAAGAGUAUGACAACAUCACUUUCGUACCACCUGUAGGUGCGCACCAUGGGGAAUGGCUCCGAGCUUGCCUCAAAGCUGGAGAGAUGGCAAAGGCCAUGAUCGCCUGGAUAGUCGACAACCGAUUUUUACACCAAUUUGCUCCCAACAAGAAGAUCUUCGAGUCCCUCGAGCAGAAGUUGUCUGUGCGUUCUCGCUUCAGCCUUGGCACACCGCAAGCCGAAGAUAUGGCAGACGAGGUAGCCGCUUUGUGGCAAGAGUUGGAUCUGAUGCUGGCACGAUACAAGGAUUGUCAUGCGCGCGCCGAAGCGGAGAACCCAGUCAACCGUUAUGACCUGCACAAGGAUGACUCGUACGAGUGGCUGGAGUACGCGAAGGAAACGGAGCCUCGAGGGGAGGCCCACAGAAUCUGCCAUGCGUUUCAGAUGUUGUGGCCAAGAAUCGCUGACCUGCAGAAGGUCGUGGAUGUGCAGCCCGUAGCGACCGGAAGAAACGUCGUCUUCCGCUGGUCUAGCUCCGCCGAGGGCCUAACACAGGAGGACUGGUUGCUAUUAGGAUGAAGUGGGAGAUCAUGAUUAUGGAUGUUACGAUAUUAGUACGAGCUGAGGGACAUGUGGUAGCAACCUGGAUCAUGUAAAGGCCAACAACAGACACACUACACUACUUCUUUGCAGAGUCCUAUAGAGCGACUUAGGACAGUAUACCCCCAUCGGGUAACAAUUACUCCUAUAAUGAAACAAAUGAAUCAAUAAAAACGGUC